AUAAACGAAAAUUGCUUGUGGUUUUCAUUCUCAAGAAAGCGAAAUUAUAAUUUACGAGUAUCUUUAAGUGUUAAAUAAAAAACAAAAAGAAGGAAAAGAAGAAAGAAAAAUAUUAUUGUGUGAAAAAUUAUUAUUUUUUCUUCUUUCGUAUAAGAGUGCCAAAGUGCGUAAAAGUGUAAAAUGUACCGGCAAAUUGCAUUAUUCCUAUUUGUGCUCUGCAGUCUACAACGGAUGUCACACACAUUCAAUUAUGCACCCCUGCCCAAUUUGGUUAUUAAUUCCCCACAGAAUUUGAGAUUCUUUCAACCGCAGUGGCGUAGUUCAUAUUUUGGCUAUACCAUCGUACUCCGUGGAUCGAAUAUAAUUGUUGGAGCACCACGUGCCCAAUCAACGCUUGAGUCUCAGCGAAAUAUAAACGAAACUGGUGCCAUCUAUCGGUGUUCACUAACAACUACAACUUGUAGCCCCUAUGUAUUUGAGAGCGAUGGUAAUCGUAAGGUACCAUUUAAUGGUUAUACAGAUGAUUCUGAAAAACGUGAUUUUCAAUGGUUGGGCGCGUCAAUGGAUGGCGGUGCCAAAGAUACCGAUAAGUUGUUAGUAUGUGCUCCAAGAUUUGUAGCACCAACCUCAGACGAUUAUCUUAUGCAUGGUGUAUGCUAUUGGAUAAAUGAUACAAUUAGUCAAAAUCCAACAAAUGUUCAAAAGAUUUCACCUUUACGUUUACGCACUGAUCAGAUUAGAACAACGGACGAGGGAAAACGCUAUUAUUUUUAUUAUUUAGCCGAACAGGGCUUAAGUGCACAUAUUACCGAAAAUAAUGAAGAAAUACUAAUUGGUGCACCAGGAAUACAUAAUUGGAAAGGUUCUGUUAUACGUUAUCGUAAACAUGAUGCAACUGAGGAUCCAUCAUUAAGUCGACGUGAUACAACAGGUAAACGUGUACCACGUCAAGCGGAUAUUACAUAUUUAAGCGAUAUACCCAAUCCAGAAAAGUGGGAACAAGACAAUGAUUCCUACUUUGGUUACUCAGUGAGUUCAGGUCAUUUUGAUAGUUCUAAUCCAACGAAAGUGACUUAUGUAGCAAGUGCACCACAAGCAAAAAGUCAAACUGGCGAGGCUUAUAUAUUUGACUUCACCGGUAAUACAAUAACAAAAAAUUUCGUCUUUUUUGGUGAACAAUUUGGUGAAUAUUAUGGUUAUGCCGUUUUGGCGGAGGAUUUAAAUGGUGAUGGACUCACUGAUGUUAUUGUUUCUGCACCACAGCACCGCAAAUCUGGUUCUUUCGAUGAUGGCGCUAUUUAUGUCUAUAUAAAUAAAGCAAAUUUCAGUUUUGAGAAAAAAAUAUUGACUUCACCAGUCAGUGGCCAAGCACGCUUUGGCACUACUCUUACGAAAUUGGGAGACAUUAAUGGCGAUGGUUUCAAUGAUAUAGCUGUAGGUGCACCAUUUGCUGGUAAUGGACAAGUUUUCAUUUAUUUGGGCAGCGAGAAAGGUUUGCGUGAACAUCCCAGUCAACACUUGAAGUCACCGACAAGUGUUAGUAGUAAAUAUGGCGCCCACAUGUUCGGUCAUGGACUUUCAAAAGGUUCCGAUAUAGACAAUAAUGGCUUCAAUGAUUUUGCAAUUGGUGCUCCAAAUGCUGAAUCCAUUUUUGUUUAUCGUGCAUAUCCUGUGGUAAAAGUCAUUACCACUAUUAACUCAGAUACCCGUGAAAUUAAACCAGAUCAGAAAAGCUUUAAACUUAAAUGCUGCUAUAAAAUAUCGACUAAAUCAACGAAAGUUAAAAAUCAAGAUUUAACUUUAAAGGUAGUGGUAGAUCCACAAGUAAAACGUGUAAAAAUCGCACAAACACAAGCAAAUGAAAUGAGUUUUAAUGUGAGUGCUGGCCUACAAACGAAGUGCAGCUUACUGGACGCCGAUAUUGUUAGUUACAAUGUAGCAGAUAUCUUCAAGCCAAUCGAAUUGGAGAUUCAUUAUGAUAUUAUAAAAGGAGUGCCAAUGUCAGAAGUUUUUUGUGAAGAUUGCGUUGCUGUAGAUCCACUUGACCCCAAAGUAUUCGUAGAAAAAUUGAUCUUCAGCACGGGUUGCAAAUCGGAUAUUUGCAUAGCAGAUCUUAAAGUGAGAAGUCGCAUUGGUGCAGAUCACUCAUAUAUAUUAGGCAGCAGUCGCACUUUAUCUAUUACUUAUGAUAUAAACAACAUGGGUGAGACUGCAUAUCUACCACAAAUCAAUUUGACUUCCUCGAAUCGUAUGCCAUUCGCCAGAAUACCCUCAAAUUGUAGGGUCAAUAAUGAAGCUGUUGUUAUGGUUUGUGAUCUAAAUCGCGGACAACCCAUGGCAAAUGGUAAUUCGGACUCGAUAACAGUUAUCUACGAUGUUAGUGGUAUAUCGGGCAAAACAAUGAUUUUAACUGCUGAAGUGUUUAGUACUGGUGUAGAGCAAACACCAACAGACAAUAUUGUCAGAGAUGUCAUAACAUUGAAGGAGUACACCGAAAUUGAAGCAGUGGGAAUACCUAAAACACCAUAUAUUAAUUUGGAGAAGGUCUUCAAUACUACUGAAAUUGUAAACAGUUAUGAAAUCAAAAGUAAUGGUCCAAGUAGAGUUGGUGCUUUGGAAAUAGUUUUCAAUAUACCCAUAGCAUAUAAAGUACAAGGCUCAAGUGCUACUAUACCUAUAAUUAAUUCCAAUAAUAUUACUAUGCAAGCAGUCUAUGAUUCUCAACUGGUUGGCAUUGAUUAUUAUGAUAAUAAUACGCAGUUACUUAUGAACACUUAUGAAAUCACCAGUAAAACUACAAAAGAGAUUACGAAAGUAUUUGUAGAUAGUAUGAAUGGCAUACAUUAUGAUUCUAGCAAAGUUGGUCAUAUAGACAUGGACUUCGGGCAUAGCUCACAAGGCAAUGAUUUAGAAAAUACUGUAAUGGUUGCAUCAAUGACACGUAAACGACGUGAGCUCGCUACAAAAACUGCAACGAAGGAUCAAUAUGCACGUUUACAACAUGUGAGGGCAUAUGAUUUACUAGGUGAUGAUUUGAAGGAUAGAUGUCCCGUCAAUCGUACAAUUGUUUUCAAUUGUCAGGAUCCAACCACCACAAGUUGUAUACGUGCUGUGAUGCAUGUGUACAAUUAUAAACCCGAUAAGCCUAUUACAAUCACAAUGAAGUAUAAUGUCGAUCUCAAAGAAGUUAAUCAAAUUUUAAUUGAACCUUGGGAUUAUUUUGUUAUACACAUUGGACUGGAUAUCGCAAGAGUGGGAGACAGCGAUGGAAAAUCAAUAUCAGUUGUUAAAAAAAUUGAAUACAACGUUAUAUCGAAAUAUCAACUUUAUAGCACACCUAUUUGGGUGAUAAUCUUGGCAGUAAUCGGUGGAUUACUGUUAUUAGCUCUCAUGACAUAUCUUAUGUAUAGAUAUGGUUUCUUCAAACGAUCCACGAGAGAUGAAAUGGAUAAAUUGGUUAAUCAAAACCAAGCUGGUGCUGAUGUUGAACCAGAAGCAGAAAAUCUUAACACUGAAAGAAACUAAUGUGGCCGGACCCAUUGGCAAGACGUUUCUGUUUUGCUGCUGUGUGUGUCUUUAUUCUGUAAAUAAUUUCUGACGCGCUGUUAACUGCAUCCAAGGGACUUGCAGUAUUAAAGUUUAAUUUUAAAACAAAACCAUCACAAACUUUUAAAGUUGAUGUAUUUUAAGCGAGUAUUUAUAAUUUUUUAUUUUAUUUUAUUUUAAUUUUUAGAAGUAUUUUGAAGUGUUUUUAGUCUUAUUUAAGCAAUUUAAGCAAUGAUACCAAAUGUAACUACUUUGCAGUUAAGUUGUUCUCUAUUUCUAUUAUUUAUUUUUGAAUAGUCUUCGAUUUCCAUUAAAUGUGUUAAUUAAAAAAUUAGUUUUA